AUGAGAGUCCCAUUGUAUUUCCAGUGCCUUCUGGCCAAUCUGCUCGUGGUCAGCCUUUUUACAUGUUUCUGCGCGACGGCGUUCCACCUCGACUUCCUCUCAAACAGUCUAUCAGAUCGAAUCUUUGGACGGAGCCUGCCAGGAUCACUCGUCACUGCUCCCCAAGGAGCGAUUGGAUACCAACCUCCGCCAGGCCCUGUUGUCAACGAAGCCCAGCCGACGAAGACCCAUCAUCCCAAGGUCUACAAGACAAUAACCACAACCAUCGUUACUCGUGAGAUAUCACACGAACUGAGGCAGGCGCCAUUUGGGAUGAGUAACUCGUCCGCUCCCCACGGUCACCGGGACUGUCACGAAGACACAGGUGAUGGUGGUAGAGACACAAACGGCUGGAGGAAACCGAGAUGCGACAUGGAGUUGGGUGAUAUUACCGGUCUCGCUUUUGGUAUCCUUCUGGCAUAUGUGAAUAGAGAUGAAGUGAUCAAAUCGAUUCAAAAGACUGGCAAACGCGCUUCAUGUCCACGGCCCUGGAACUCGCUGGAACUCUUUGGGUGA